ACGUGGUGGUAUUCUUACUAUCUGCAUCCGCUACGUUCUCGACAAAUUAUUUAUACAAUACUCAAGAAAUUCACACCAAGUAAAUUACCGUAGAAGAUUGCCAUGGCGUCAAGAAAUCUGGAAUCAGAAAGUGAAUCCACGUGCAAAGAGGACGUGGAUCAGCUUGGCCUUGAUGAUGUAGUGAAACCUGAAGAAGUGAACGAGGACAAUCCGCCAUCGAAAAUCGUCUGGAGAAAUGUUGUGAUAUUUACAAUACUUCAUCUAGCAGCUUUGUAUUCCUUGACGUUGAUUCCUCGAUCAAAACCUCUCACGUGGGCAUGGUCCAUAGUAUACUACAUGAUAGCUGCAGUUGGGGUGACAGCUGGCGCCCACAGACUCUGGUCACAUCGGUCUUACAAGGCUAAAGCACCACUCCGUGUGUUAUUGGCUUUCUUUCAGUCGGCAGCUCUACAGAAUGACAUUUUCGACUGGGUACGAGAUCACAGAGUCCACCACAAAUUUUCAGAGACGGAUGCUGAUCCUCAUAACGCUACACGUGGAUUUUUCUUCGCUCACAUUGGAUGGCUGCUGGUCAAGAAACACCCGAAAGUCAUCGCCAAGGGCAAACAAAUCAGCCUUAAAGACUUGUACGAAGACCCAGUCGUGAUGAUACAAAAAAGGUUUUAUAAGCUGUCUGUGUUGUUGAUGUGUUUUAUCGUGCCGACUAUUGUACCUUGGUACUUCUGGGGGGAGACUUUGUGGAACUCGUUUUACCUUGCUUCCAUCCUUCGUUACACUUUAGUGUUAAAUGCCACGUGGCUCGUGAACAGUGCCGCCCAUAUGUGGGGCUCUAGACCCUAUGACAAGACGAUAAACCCAGCUAAUAAUCUCGCUGUGGUGUUCAGUGCUGCUGGGGAGGGAUUUCAUAACUACCAUCAUGUGUUUCCACAGGACUAUGCCACUAGUGAGUAUGGACUGCGUUUCAACAUCACCACAAUGUUCAUAGAUUUUAUGGCAUUCUUGGGUUUGGCAUCGGACCGAAAAGUUAUUUCUUCAAAAACCAUUCAGAUGAGGAAAGAGAGGACAGGCGAGAGAUCUGUGAAGUUGUCUUAA